AUGUUUAAAUCUCUGAUGAUAAAAUCCAACAAGGUGAAGCCUAAAGAGGAGAACAAUGAGAGUAAACAAGGUCCUGAUCCAAGCAAUCAGCCUCAACAAUCCACAAGACAGGGACAAAACAAAAAUGAAAAGAAAUCUCUCCAAACCAAGAUGACUCCAGUCACAUUUGAAGAGUCACACACCAAAAUACAAGAUAAAAUCUCUGAGAAAAAUUCACUCAAAGAUCUGACCACAACCCCUGACCAUCAAAAUCCAACAGAAUCAAAGGGAACGAUGCCAGAGCAAAAGGAAAUGGAAACUGGGAAAGAAGGUCUAGUCAGCAAACCACAUGAAGCCCCUGUUAUAAAUGAGUAUGCUGAUGCCCAGCUACACAACUUGGUGAGAAGGAUGCGUCAAAGAACAAUCCUCUACAAGAAAAAGUUGGCAGAAGGAGAUAUAUCCUCACCUGAAGCCAGCCCCCAAACUGCAAAGCCCACAGCUGUACCAUCAACACAAGAAAGCAGUGCUAAGCUGAAAGAAGAACAUUACUAUCACAUAUUGUGUUUUAAAUUCCAGAAGAUGCCUCUGACAGAGUAUCUAAAGCAAAUUAGACUUCCAAGAAGCAUAGAUUCAUACACAGAUCGACUCUAUCUCCUGUGGCUCUUGCUUGUCACCAUUGCCUAUAACUGGAACUGCUGGCUUAUACCACUGCGCCUUGUCUUUCCGUAUCAAACACCAGACAACACACGCUACUGGUUUAUUACAGACAUCAUAUGUGAUAUCAUCUACCUUUGUGAUAUGCUAUUAAUCCAGCCCAGACUCCAGUUUAUAAAAGGAGGAAACAUAAUAGUGGAUUCAAAUGAGUUAAAGACACACUACAGGAGUUCUACAAAAUUUCAGCUGGAUGUUGCAUCAAUAAUGCCAUUUGAUGUUUUCUACGUCUUCUUUGGGUUUAAUCCAAUAUUUAGGGCAAAUAGGAUAUUAAAGUACACUUCAUUUUUCGAGUUUAAUCAUCACCUAGAGUCUAUAAUGGACAAGGCAUAUAUCUACAGAGUCAUUCGAACAACUGGAUACUUGCUGUUUACUCUGCACAUUAAUGCCUGUAUUUAUUACUGGGCAUCAGACUAUGAAGGAAUUGGAACUACUAAAUGGGUGUAUGAUGGUGAAGGAAACAAGUACCUGAGAUGCUAUUACUGGGCCGUUCGAACUUUAAUUACUAUUGGGGGCCUUCCAGAACCACAAACAUCAUUUGAAAUUGUUUUUCAACUGGUGAAUUUUUUUUCUGGAGUUUUUGUGUUCUCCAGCUUAAUUGGUCAGAUGCAAGAUGUAAUUGGAGCAGCUACAGCCAAUCAGAGCAACUUCCGAAACAGCAUGGAUCAUACCAUUUCCUACAUGAAUACUUAUUCCAUUCCUAAGAGUGUGCAGAAGCGGGUUCGGACUUGGUAUGAAUAUACAUGGGAUUCUCAAAGAAUGCUAGAUGAGUCAGAUCUGAUCAGUACACUGCCUGUCACCAUGCAGUUAGCCCUCACCGUGGAUAUGAACCUCAGCAUCAUCAGCAAAGUUGACUUGUUCAAGGGUUGUGAUACACAAAUGAUAUAUGACAUGUUGCUAAGAUUGAAAUCCACUGUUUAUUUACCUGGUGACUUUGUCUGCAAAAAGGGAGAAAUUGGCAAGGAAAUGUAUAUCAUCAAGCAAGGAGAAGUCCAAGUUCUUGGAGGCUCUGAUGGUGCUCAAGUUCUGGUUACUCUGAAAGCUGGAGCAGUGUUUGGAGAAAUCAGCCUUCUAGCAGCAAGAGGAGGAAACCGUCGAACUGCCAAUGUGAUAGCCCAUGGGUUUGCCAAUCUUUUAACUCUGGACAAAAAGACCCUCCAAGAAAUUCUAGUGCAUUAUCCAGAUUCUGAAAAGCUCCUCAUGAAGAAAGCCAGUGUGCUUCUAAAGAAGAAGGCUCCAGGCACAGAGGAAUCCCCUCCAAGAAAAGGACUUGCUUUUCUCUUCCAACCAAAACAAAAGACACCCAAAAUGUUUAAAGCUCUCCUGGGAGGCACAGGAAAAGCAGGUCUUACAAGACUACUCAAAAUGAAGAGGGAACAAACCAUCCAGGAAAAAAGUGAAAACUCCAAAGAAGGAGAGGGUAAAGGAAGAGAAUAUGAAGAUAAACGAAGAGAACCAGUAGAGAAAACACAGGACAGCUCCGAAUGUAGAGCAAAUUCUGUUACAGCAGAGGAAAUGCCCCCGUCAAUUAGAAGGGCAGCUUUACCCAGAGGAACUACUCGUCAAUCACUUAUCAUCAGUAUGGCUCCUUCUACAGAGGCUGGGGAAGAAGUUCUGAUGAUUGAAGUUAAAGAAAAGGCUAAACAAUAA